CUUAUAUAAAAGUUCGUAUCCCGCCGACUGAUAGAUGACGAUAAAAUAAUCAUGCGUGGGAAUUUACAGAUGGCCCCGUUUUGCAAGAUGACAAAUGCCGUUUGCGAGUCGAGCAACAAAUCUUGGGUUAUCAUCGACCAAUGUCGCCUGCGUGCGAUAAGUCGCAACAAGACGACCUUCAAUGCGGAUAUCAAUAUACUCUAUCCUGCGUACAAUAUUCAAAUACAACUGCAACUCAUGAAGAAUGCCAAUGGAUAUAAGCCCUGGCUCUUUAACUACACAAUUGAUGGCUGUGUGUUUAUGCGCCAGCAAAGACAUCCGGUUUUUAAAAUGUUCUGGCUUAUUUUUCGAGAGUUUUCCACAAUCAAUCAUACCUGUCCCUAUCAGGGCCAUCAGAUUGUCAAGGAUUUCUACUAUGAUCCCACAAAUCUGACCUUGCCCCUGCCAACUGGCGAUUAUUUGUUGCUCCUAACUUGGUUUUUCGACAAGAAGCCGCAGUUUGUUACGAACAUAUAUUUCUCAUUCUAUCAGGAUAUAUUCUGAGCAGGGUAAAUCUA